UACACUUAAAGUAGUCAGCAUGAGACAAAAAUGUCUUCGUUUUCAAUUGAUUUCUUUCCUGGUUAUCCAAAUAAACGGGCUGUCAAUUUUAUCAGACAAAGCUGAUGACGGAAAGGACAUAACAACUGCUUCAACAAAACGCGUGGAUGUUCUGCAGCAACUGCUAAAUCAAGAAACAAUCAUUAGAAUGUCUUUAGAGAAAAAUGUUCGGGAGCUCAUGAGAGAAGUUGUCGAUAUGAAGAAUAAUUUGAAAGGUUUCGAAUCCAUUACGGAAAACCUACAAAAUGACAUGAAAGGAAUUAUAAUUGAAAAUCACAGGCUUAAAGAUGACAAUUUAGGUCAAUUGCUAAACAAUGUCACUGAACUACUUGCAGAAAAGGGUGAAGAAAUCUAUGAAAGGGUGAAUCGUUCACUUGAAAUACAAGGAUCAAAACAUCUAAAACCGACUGUGGCCUUCCAUGCAAAGAUGACGUCUUCAAAAAGAAAUCUGGGAGGUUACCAAGUAGUUAUAUAUGAGGAGACGCUUUUGAAUGAGGGCAACGCAUACAAUACAAAAAAUGGCAAGUUCACAGCACCUAUCGACGGAAUAUAUCAUUUUGAUUGGACUACAGUGGCAUAUAUGAAUAAGUAUUUCAUUACUCAGUUAGUAAAAGAAGGGACAAUUAUGGGUGCCAACUAUUGUACAGAUAUUAGCAAAGUGAAUAGUAAUCUAUGUUCAUCUUCGGCAAUCGUGCAAAUGAAGGCCAAUCAGGAGGUCUGGAUUAGAACCUACAUGGGAUAUGGACAAUACGUAGUUGGUGAUUGGUGUUAUUUCUCAGGGCAUAUUUUGUUCUGAAAGAAAAAAACUA